AAGCAGCACCGCAGCCCGACAAGUGAAACUCGGCAUUUGGCAUAGGCAGCAUGGUGGUGCAUCAGACGGGCCUGGUGCUUUGGCGGACCCUAUACGUGCAGGCGCUGCGUCGCCACUGGCUUGCCACGCUGCUCGAGCUGCUGCUCGUGACGCUGUGCUUCAUCCAGCUGCGGGACCACACGCGCCCCAAGGCCGCAAACGAUGGUCGGCCUGGUUUCAAUCCACCGGUCGCGUACGCGCCCCGACCACUGGCAGAGAUUGUGGCCGAAGGCGCGCCCAUCGGCGGCCCUACCGUCUGCUACGGGCCCAGCACCGAGUUUGCGGAGCGGCUCAUGGACGCCGCCUACCCGAGGCGAGAGCAAGGCGCUCUAGAGAAAGAUUCUGAUGGCGGCGGGAUCUGGACCGAGGCUCCUUUCGACCACGUGGCCGUCAAUUCAGGUGCAGAUGUGCCUGCCGUGUGCGAAGACAUAAGCCGCAAGAAACCGGCGCACACUGUGCCGUGCGUGCGUUUUUAUGGGGACCAGGGUGUGCUGAACUACAGCGUUUACGUAUACACGGACGACCAUAUCACUGCCGAAGAGCUCGCCUUCCGGGUACCUCAGGUCUUCAAACCACCAGGGGAGCCCAGCAAGCUUCUCAGUGCGUACACUUAUGGCUGAUACGCGAUUUUCGCUGUCUCGAACGACGGAUGUUUUGUGUGCUCUAGGU